AUGGCAACAUUCCCGAAGACUACAUGCAAUGGCAAGAAAUUAAUUCUCCAAUUCCAAAACGUCCCAAGAUCAAGCACAUCUCCAUACUCAACAAUGUCGAUCCCAAUUACAACACAGGAACGGCUCUCCUCAUUGGAUUCAAAAACUAUUUUCUACCUAGCCUACGGCUCAAAUCUCUCCGCCGAAACAUUCAUAGGCACUAGAGGAAUCAGACCCAUCUCCGCAUGUAAUGUCCACGUGCCCACUCUCUCAUUGACAUUCGACCUCGCUGGAAUUCCCUACUCAGAACCGUGUUUCGCAAACACCAAAAUCCGGGACCCCUUGAAUGAUCCUCACAAGAAACAUGAAUAUCACAAGGAUCGAUGGCAUAAGGGUCUCAUCGGCGUAGUCUACGAAGUCACGCCCGAAGACUUCCGAACCAUCAUCGCAACCGAAGGCGGAGGAGCAAGUUAUCAAGACGUCGUCGUACCUUGUUAUACUCUCCCACCGGGCGGCAAGACGGUAGAUCCUGAGCCAAAAGGUGUCCCAUUUUUGGCACAUACUCUUCUUCAACCACGAGAAGACUCAGAUGAGAACCGCUUCUCAAUAAACACUCAGUUAAAAGAUGUGGUGGAUGCCACACAAUUUUUCCAACGUCCCGAUCCCUCAUAUGCCCAACCCUCAGCCCGCUACCUAAAUCUCAUCACCACUGGCGCAGAAGAACAUUCCCUCCCAAGUGAAUACCUUGCCUACCUUUACAACAUCAGACCCUACAUCAUCACCACCAGAAGGCAGCGUCUCGGCCAAGCGCUGUUCCUAGCCUUCUGGGCUCCCCUCAUCUUUGCCAUUAUACAGCUGGGGAAAACGUUUGCAGACGAUCAGGGGAAGAUUCCGAGUUGGUUAGCGACUUUGACGCUGCUUGUUUUCAAUGUUAUGUGGAGGACUUAUGAUAGGUUUUAUCUGCCGGCUUUUGGAAAUGGGGAGAGGACUCAGUAUGGAAAGAGAGAAUUAGAAGAUGGGGAUAAGUGGUCCUGGGGGAAUGAGAAGGUUUUAUAA